AUGACCAGCUCCUCUGCCGCUUCACGCAAGGCUUUAAGCAAGAUCGCCUGCAAUCGGCUCCAGAAAGAGCUUGUGGAGUGGCAGGUCAAUCCCCCGGCCGGUUUUAAACACAAAGUCACUGAUAAUCUUCAGAGAUGGGUCAUCGAAGUCAGUGGAGCCCCAGGAACUCUUUACGCCAAUGAAACAUAUCAGCUCCAAGUUGAUUUUCCCGAGCAUUAUCCUAUGGAAGCACCACAGGUGAUUUUUAUCCCUCCAGCUCCUCUGCAUCCCCACAUUUAUAGCAAUGGCCAUAUCUGUCUAGAUAUUCUAUAUGAUUCAUGGUCUCCAGCCAUGACUGCUAGUUCCAUCUGUAUCAGCAUUCUCUCCAUGUUAUCGAGUUCCACUGUGAAGCAACGCCCAACAGAUAAUGAUCGCUACGUGAAGAACUGCAGGAAUGGCAGAUCUCCCAAGGAGACGAGAUGGUGGUUCCAUGAUGAUAAAGUAUAA